AUGGCGGCUUCUAGCCCACUCCCGCAGACUCCGGACCUGGCCACGCUGCAUGCCAAGCUGCAGGGGCUGCUGCGGUUCUUAAAGGAUGCCCUUUCCAUUGCCAAUGCACAUACGGUAGACUUCUACACAGAAUCUGUCUGGGAUCAGCUGGUCGACUUGACCCCGGAGACAGUCCUGGCUACGUUGAGAUCAGCGGUAGAAGUAAGGCUCUCCGAGGCGCGCCCCCGCGUGGCAGAAGAGGGGCAAUCAGGUAUUUUUGAUUUAUCCAAAAUCUUUUGUGAAACUUCCCAUAAACUGAAAAGUGUAGAAGCCUUUGCUCUGGCUGCAAAACACUAUUCUCUACAAAACUUGGGAAUAUGUACUCCUUUUGAAGAUUUACUUGUAGCCCUUCAAGGAAAUCAGAAACAGAGAACAGGUGAAAAUGUGAAACCAGAUGAAUUUAUGAAUAUAAAAAAGUCUCAUGAAGUUCACGUAAUGUCCGAGCUCAUCGGCAGUGUUGCUGACUUUUGUGAAAUAAAGCAGGUAAUUGACCUGGGUUCUGGUAAAGGAUACUUAGGCUCCUUUUUGUCUUUGAAAUAUGGCUUAAAAGUUUAUGGAAUUGAUUCCUCAAAUGUCAAUACUCACGGAGCUGAGAACAGAAAUAGGAAAUUGAAGAAACAUUGGAGAGUUUAUCAUACUCGGUCAAGGUUAAAUGUCGGUGGACUUCCGUUAAAUAUGGCAAAAGAAAGGAAGGCUCGAGAUGAAAAUAAAUAUGAAGCAGAUACAGAGAAUAAGUGUAACAACAGUGCUGUAAGUCAAGAUACAUCUCCUUUGGGUCUUUUGCCAGAUUUUUCAGACUCUGUAAUUCCUAGUAUCAGAAAAGAAAUGGAAAGCCUGUAUUCUCAACCACAACAAGAAGAAAAUGUGUGUUUUGAAAAUUUUUUUCCUUUAAUAGACGUUUUACCUGUUAAUGCUGUAGAACCUACUUCAUCUCACAUAUCUAAAAGAGAUGUUGCUGAAGCAAAGAAAGAAAGAAGGAAAACAACAUCAAAGUCAAGUGAAUCAAGCAUAUAUUCACCUUUGACGUCCUUUAUCACUGCUGAUUCAGACCUGCAUGUCCUUAUUAAAGAUCUGGAGGAUUGUUUGAUGGUGGGCCUACAUACCUGCGGUGAUCUUGCUCCAAACACUCUGCGGAUAUUUACUUCUAAGCGUGAAAUCAAGGGAGUGUGCAGUGUUGGUUGUUGCUACCACCUCUUAUCUGAAGAGUUUGAAAAUCAGCAUAAAGAAUAUGGUCAAGAAAAGUGGGGAUUUCCAAUGUGCCACUAUCUGAAGGAAGAGAGAUGGUGCUGUAGUCGCAAUGCCAGAAUGUCAGCAUGUUUGGCUUUGGAGCGGGUUGCAGUUGGCCAAGGGGUGUCGACUGAAUCACUCUUUUAUCGUGCUGUCCUUCAAGAUAUUAUUAAGGAUUGUUAUGGUAUCGUUAAAUGUAAUCAGCAUGUUGGUAAAAUGUAUUCCAAAUCCUCUUCCUUUCUGGAUUAUGUCAGAAAGUCACUGAAGAAACUUGGAUUAGAUGAGUCCAAGCUACCAGAAAAAACUGUAAUGGACUACUACAAGAAAUAUAAGCCUAGAAUGAAUGAGCUAGAAGCUUUUAAUAUGUUGAAAGUUGUUCUGGCUCCUUGUAUAGAGACAUUGAUUCUUCUAGAUCGACUUUGCUACUUAAAAGAGCAGGAGGAUGUUGCAUGGUCUACAAUUGUGAAGUUAUUUGAUCCUGUGAAAUCUCCCAGGUGUUAUGCUGUUAUUGCUUUUAAGAAGCAGCAAUGA